UUUUACCUUUAAAAGCUCUGCCCACACUUCCUGGUAGCCAGACAGUCCGUUGUAUUUUCUCACGGAUGGUGUUUCUCGGGCUGACUCUCAGUUAACCCUCUGGCUUGGACUACAUAAAAGACGUGAAGUACUUUCUUCUGUUAUUCCCCCACCAUCACACCACUACCAGAUUUUCCUAUUCCAUCAUCCUCCAGUGACUCUGCGUGAGAACCGUAGACUACUGAAUGUGGUGGAAACCCAACCUGCUGGACCAAAUAAACAGAGCGACUGCGACAGGCUGAGCUGAAGAAGUGAGAAAGGAUCCUUUUGACAGAUCUCAUGGCGAGUUACAGGAACGGAGGAUUAUUCAACCCUGCCUACCAUGACAGCGAAACUCUGGAAAUUGAUAGAAGUAAAAGCCUGCACGCCAACCCCUACGCCCGGGCAGAGAGGCCAGACGAACCCUACUCGACUGGUCACUCCAGCGGCGGUGAUGGUUUGGCGGGGAGAGGGCCAUUGGGGGGCUGGCAUGGGGAGAGCCGCAGGGGGGGAGAAAGCUUCCCCAUGGACAUCGCCUCAACUCCCUCAUGGCAGCGUGACAUCCAUCCCAGUAGGUCCCCACCUGACUCUCCGUAUGAUCGAUCACCUCCUGUGCACCUUCCUUCUGCAAUGUCAGGUAACAUGACGAUGAGAUGGAGGGGAAUGACAAUGAGAAGGAUGAGCAUGUUUCCUAACGGGGAUCCUGCCAAUGAAGCCUUCGCAGAGGAUGCCAUCAGGAACGAGUUGCAGAACGAGGAACAGAACCUAAUAAAGGAGCUCAUUGCUUUGUCAACGCGAGACCAAAUUCGGGCCAUUCGGGAUCUUCCGAUGAGCUUUGACGAGAAGAAACAUAUCAGGAGUCAAGUGCUGGCUGUCAAGUCUAAGCGAUCACGCCACUUCACAUGUUUUGCAGAGUGCUCUGAGAAUGUGUCACUGUCUUUCCGCAGGUUUGGCUACAGUGUGAGUUCAGCCAGGCAGACCCUGCAGCUUUGGCAAGGCAUCAUGAAAGAGAUCGGCAGCAAGUUUGGCACCAGCGUCGUCAUCUAUUUCGUGUUCCUCAAGUGGCUGCUCAUGUUCAACAUUUUCUCAUUCCUGGUCAACUUUGGCUUCAUCACACUCCCGCUGCUCGUUCACGACACUUCUCCCAAAAUACCUCCCAAUGUGAGCUUCAGCGGACUGGAGAUACUAACUGGAGCUGGUUACUUCCACUACACUGUCAUGUACUACGGUGGCUACAGCAAUGCAACCCUGCAUGGCCUUGUGGAGUACGACAUGCAGUUGGCCUAUUUCUUCACCAUUUCAGCCUACAUGGUUCUGUGUGGAAUUGCACUUAUCUUCAACAUGGGCAGCUUAUUCAUGAAAAACUACGUCCUGGCAGACCCAACAUCAAACGGUGCCUGGCAGCUUCUAUGCAGCUGGGACUUUAGUAUUACCAACGAGAGAGCAGUGAGGCAGCGCAAGAACAAUCUACGCGUCCAACUCAAGGAGUCUUUAUCGGAGAAGGCCCAGAGGGAGCGGCUGACCCUCUCGCAGCAGCUCAGGCACUUUGGGGUUCAUUUGGGUUCCUGGCUCCUCUCCACCGGCUUGGCUGUUGGGUGUGGGGCUAGCAUCUUUUAUCUCUGCAAAUACGAACAGCAGGCAACAGCUGCCGCCGACUGGUCUCUGCUUCAGGAUGCAGAGACUCUCCUGGUUCCCUUUGUGGUGUCUCUGAUGAACCUGGUGGUCCCGCUCUUCUACUCGCUCUUCAACAAGUUCGAACACUACUCCAGCCAGCGCAGACAGAUCUACGCUCUGGUAGUCAGAAACGUGCUACUCAAGAUGUUCAUUCUGGCCGUCCUGUGUUAUCACUGGAUGAACGUGGUGGCAAAGUUUUCAUGUUGGGAGUCCAUUGUGGGACAGGCUUUGUACCGUCUGGUCAUUGUUGAUUUCCUUUUUCUGAUGUUGGGAUCCUUCUUUGGAGAGUUUCUUAGCAACUUGAUUGGGACGAGAUUACUUCCUCGUCUGGGAGUUCCAGAGUUCGACGUGGCCAGAAAUGUCCUCGAACUCAUCUACGCACAGACUCUGGCAUGGAUUGGAAUCUACUUCUCUCCUUUGCUGCCCGCCAUCCAAAUCCUCAAGUUUUUCAUUUUGUUUUACUUAAAGAAGGUCAGCUUGAUCCAGAACUGCCAGCCCCCCCGACGGUCGGGGAGAGCAGCUCAGAUGCAAACCAUCUUCAUCGCCCUCCUCUUCUUCCCUUUCUUCGUGGGAGCCCUGUCCAUGGUUGCAUACACUGCCUGGAGUCUGAGUCCCUCGGAGCACUGUGGCCCAUUUCAGGGACUCAGCAGCACCUUCAGUGUGGUAGGAGUGUGGAUGGAGGAUUUGGAGAAGAUCCCCGGUUCUCAAUGGGCCGUCUGGAUCUACCUAAAUGUCAUCAGAAGUGAAAUCUUCUACUAUUUUAUCUCACUCAUCAUUGUUGUAAUUAUCUACAUCUUCUGGCAAGUCACUCAGGGCCGCAAGCAGCUUAUUCGUCUACUGAAACAACGUAUUGUUAAUGAUGGGAAAGACAAGUCCUUCUUGUUAGAUAAGCUUCAGAACCUCCAAAAAUCCCACCCCGAUAGAAAAUCCCAACAGAAGAAUCAGAAAAGGCACUCCAAACAGCGUCCAGAUGACCUCUCCCCGACUGCUCGUUCCAACUCAAACGCCAUGGUUCAGGCGCUACUUGCUCGCCAGCGGCUCGAACAGGAGGAGCAGACCAGCAGCACCGUCCCCUCCGACAUCUCCUCCCCCGGCGCGCUGACUCAAGCCAUGUUGGCCCGUCAGCGAGCUGAAGACCAGGAGGCGGGCGCACACCGGCCGCUGUCAAGAGCCUUGGCGGUGCCCGCGCAGGCCUGGCAGAGGGCCGGGGGUCAAGAGAGGGAUGAAUACUUCAGCCCGGGUUUUUACGAGAGCCCGGUCGGCGCGUCCAGCAUGGUCACGCGGAGAGCGGAGGACCCGCCGUCCUCCGCGUCAAGCGUGAUGAUGCAGGUCAUGCAGGCCAGACAGAGGGCGGAGGACGAGGAGAGGCCUCAGCGGGCGCCAGCUGCCCCACAGAACCCAGCGCCAGCGGGCUCGAGUGCUCUCAUACAGGCCAUGUUGGCCCGGCAACAGGCCCAGAACGAGUACGAUGACGGUUACUGAACAAAGCCGUCUGACUUUAUCUUAUUGCGCGGGGAGGAGGACAACUGAAAAGAACCACAGCUGACUAAAAUGACACUUUUCAUUUUAGGAUUUUAGAGGUCACCCGUAGAUACAUUUCGCUGCUGUAAAUCCCCCAGAACAAAGUGCAAAGAUUUCUAAUGUAGCAGGGCUAGAAGCGAGUGCAGGUCCACUUCUUUAUGCUCUAUUUUUUUACCAAUAUAUUAUAAUAUAUUUUAUUGACCGAAUACAAGCCUUUAAGAUAACUUCUGUAUGUAUUACAACAAAUAUACACUUGGCCUGAUCUUGUGCGUGAUUUCAUUUCUGUAUCAUCAACACCAGAUGCUUUAUAUUCUCUGUAAAAUGUAGAUUAAAAGAAAGUCAAAAAUGAA